CCAAGCCAAAACGAAGCGUCUGUUCCGUUGGCGGCGUCCAUUGGGGUCGUGUUUAGUCGUUUCGCUAGUUAACUUGACAUAUUAGUUUCUGAUUGAGUUACAAUCGGCUGAGGUUCUCACAUACUUGUUCAAAAUGACUAUGCGAACAUUUGGAGACAAGCCGACUGCCUUCCAGUUGGAAGAAGAUGGCGAGUUCUACUAUAUUGGGUCCGAGGUGGGGAACUACCUUCGUAUGUUUCGUGGAUCACUUUACAAGAAAUACCCGUCGCUCUGGCGACGAUUGGUCACCGUCGACGAACGCAAGAAGAUCGCCUCAUUAGGCUUGGGUCCUCACAGUCUUGCAACAAGCAUCAGCCUACUUAGGGCCACUGAGGUGGAUGAAAUCUUUGACGGCAAAGAUGACAAGUACCGUGCCGUUUCUGUGAGCACAGAGCCGCCAGUUCCCAGGGAAACCAAAUCCAAGCGUGGCUCCACAUGGAUGCCAACUCUGCCAAACAGUUCGCACCAUCUGGAUGCUGUUCCCUGCUCCACACCUGUCAAUCGGAAUAGGAUAGCACAUAAGAAGAUACGCACAUUUCCACUUUUAUAUGAUGACUUGGACCCAGCAACGCUGCAUGAGAAUUCAGCUCAGCCUGAGGUGCUUGUCCCCAUACGGCUUGACAUGGAAAUAGAGGGCCACAAGCUCCGUGACACAUUCACAUGGAACAAGAAUGAGACACAGAUUACACCGGAGCAGUUUGCCGAAAUCCUGUGCGAUGACUUGGACCUUCCUCCGCUCUCUUUUGUGCCAGCCAUAUCUCAGUCGAUUCGCCAACAAAUUGACGCCUUUCCAACUGACAACCUGCUUGAUGACCAGACUGACCAGCGGGUCAUCAUCAAGCUCAACAUUCACGUGGGCAACAUCUCCCUCGUUGACCAGUUUGAAUGGGACAUGUCCGAGAAAGAGAACAGCCCGGAGCAGUUUGCACUCAAGCUUUGCUCAGAGCUGGGCCUGGGUGGGGAGUUCGUCACCGCCAUUGCCUACAGCAUCCGUGGUCAACUCUCAUGGCACCAGCGAACAUACGCCUUCAGCGAGGCACCACUGCCGACUGUUGAGCUUCCAUUCCGUACUCAGACUGAGGCCGACCAGUGGUGCCCAUUCCUGGAGACUCUUACAGAUGCAGAAAUGGAAAAGAAGAUUCGGGACCAGGACAGGAAUACUCGGCGCAUGAGAAGACUUGCCAACACUGCACCAACUUGGUAAUAUGGACCAGUGCAUCAAGGAGGCCAUCAUCAUCACACACCGAAUCUAAUAACCCAUUGCGUACCAUCAGUCCAGGCAUUUUUCUCAAGAUCGUGAUUUCUGUAUAUAUGCUAGAAAAAAAAAAACAGCAUGCAAUAUAAAUUUAAUAAGUGAAAAAACAUUGCAUGUGAACCUAUGUUGCCUGUUUGUGUAGUAAUGAAUUGUCAUACUUUCGGUGCCGAGUUCCAUGAUCAGUUGUGAAGUGAACGAAAUAAAAAUGCUGCCAUUAUGA